UGGCUCCAAACUGCCAUCACAACCGGGCUGAAAUCCCUAGCGUCACCGCCUUGUUUCUGACGUUUAUCUGACAUUUCGUUAACCAACAAAUCAAAAUAUCUCAUUUUACCAAAAAAACGAUGAAAUAACACAAUUCAUCACUUAAAAACUCACGUCCGGGUCGAAGGAAACUAAAUCAAAAUGGCCCGUCCUCUCGCCCCCAGCGAGCGGAAAAUCGCCGAAAAACUCAUCAUCCUCAACGACAGGGGCAUCGGCAUGCUCACACGCAUCUACAACAUUAAAAAAGCCUGCGGAGACGCCAAAUCCAAGCCGGGGUUUCUCUCCGACAAGAACUUGGAGUCUUCGAUCAAGAGCAUUGUGCGGCGGUUUCCGAACGUCGACAGCAAGAACUUGACUGCGAUUCAAGGGCUCAGGAACGAGAUAAUCAAAUCUUUGUCGCUGUAUUACUACACGUUCGUCGAUUUGCUUGAUUUCAAAGACCACGUUUGCGAGUUGUUGACUAGCAUGGGGGCGUUUCAAAUCGAGCUUGAUAUUUCGCUCAAUUUCGAACUCACUAAGCAUUAUCUUGACUUGGUGACGACCUACGUGUCUCUGAUGGUGUUGCUGUCGCGGGUUGAGGACCGCAAGGCCGUUCUGGGGCUUUUUAACGCCGCUUAUGAAAUCGUGCAUUCCUCGCCCGAUUCAAGCUUCCCGCGGUUGGGCAACAUGAUCAUGGAGUAUGAGAUUCCGUUUAAAAAGUUAUGCGAGGAGUUUGUGCCCCACACUAAGCUGCUUCUAAGCGCCUUGAACUCGCUUCUACCCAUUUAUAUCGCCCGGAAUGUCUCGGCUGAUAAAUGGCGCUCUGAAUUGAAGUUGAGUCUAGUAGGCAACCCAGCUUCGCUCCUCAAGCCGGUGAUAGCCGACCGGAUGUCGUGCGAGUACGUCUCGCUUGAUACCAUGGAACGCUGGAUUGUCUUCGGUUUGUUGCUAAUUCACCCGCACUUGCAGCAAGAUCAUUUGAAUAAAUUAUGGAUCAAUGCGCUUGAGUCGUCUUGGGUCUUGCCCCUGUUCCGGGACGAGGUUAUCUACACCCAUCAGUACAUCUGUGGGUACUUUGAUACCAUCAAGGGCUAUAGUAAAAGGGCGUCCGAGGUUAAGGAUUGCCACAGUCAAGCGAUACAAAAGGCUGGGUACAAACACCGCGAACGCCGAAAAUUCCUAAGGACGGCCCUCAAAGAAUUAGGCUUGAUUUUGAUGGACCAGCCGGGGCUUUUGGGGCCGAAGGCCCUCAUGGUCUUCAUGGGUUUGUGCUACGCACGGGACGAGGUCUUAUGGUUGUUGCGUCACAACGACAACCCACCCCAACAAAAAAACAAGGGUAAAUCGACCGAGGAUUUAGUCGAUAGACACCUGCCAGAACUCCUCUUCCACAUGGAAGACUUACGGGUGUUGGUCCGAAAGUACAGUCAAGUCAUGCAAAGGUACUACGUCCAGUACCUCUCACACUUCGACGCCUUGGUCCUCAAAGACAUGAUCCAGAAAAACUUGGGUUCGGUGGGCGAAGACGAGUGCAUAAUUCUCUCCUCUUUGUGCAACACCAUCUCGGGCCUUUCGGUCAAACAAGUCGAAGACAACGAAACGUUCAACUUCUUCGCCUUCCGCUUGGACUGGUUCCGCUUGCAGGCGUACAUGUCCACAGGCAACGCCCUCUUGCGCAUCAUGGACAACAAAGACCUGGCCCAGUUUUUGGACACCGUGCAAUUCCACACGAAAAUGGUCGACAAUCUGGACGAAAUGCUAGUCGAGACUUCGGAUUUAUCAAUCUUCUGCUUCUACAACCGCAUUUUCGAGGACCAGUUCCACAUGUGUCUGGAGUUCCCGGCCCAGAACCGCUUCAUCGUGGCCUUCCCGUCGAUCUGCUCCCACUUCCAGCACUGCACGCACGAGCUGUGCCCCGAGGAGCGCCACCACAUCCGCGAACGCAGCCUGUCGGUGGUCAACGUCUUCCUGGACGAGAUGGCCAAGGAAGCCAAGAACAUUAUCACGGCGAUUUGCGACGCCCAGUGCAAGAUGAGCGACAAGCUCCUGCCCAAAAACUGCGCCCACUUGAUCUCGCAGCAAAUGAACCGCAAGAAGAAGGAGAAGAAUAAGAAGAACACCCUCGAGAUCGAGAAACCGGGCAAGGAGAGUUACAGGAAAACGAGGGAGAAUUUGACGACUAUGGAUAAGUUGCACAUGGCUUUGACCGAGCUCUGCUAUGCUAUUAACUACUUCUCGAAUAUAAACGUCUGGGAGUAUACGUUCGCUCCUAGGGAAUACUUGCACCAGCACUUGGAGAAUCGCUUUGCGCGGGCUUUGGUCGGCAUGGUCAUGUAUAGCCCGGACACUAACGAAAUCGCCAAACCGUCCGAGCUUUUGGUUAGCGUCCGCGCCUACAUGAACGUGCUCCAAACGGUGGAGAACUACGUCCAUAUUGACAUAACCCGGGUUUUUAACAACUGUCUCCUGCAACAAACCCAGCCUGUGGACAGCCAUGGGGAGAAAACCAUAGCUGCGAUUUACACCCAGUGGUAUUCCGAAGUGUUACUGCGACGUGUUAGCGCCGGCAAUAUAAUCUUCUCGAUGAACCAACGCUCGUUUGUUUGCCUCACCGCCGAGGCGGCGAUUCCGUUCAACCCCGAGGAGUAUUCAGACGUGAACGAGCUGCGCGCCCUGGCGGAGCUGAUCGGUCCCUACGGUAUGAAGCAGUUGAGCGAGACGCUGAUGUGGCACAUCGCCAGUCAAGUCAUCGAGUUGAAGAAACUAGCCGAGGCCAACAAGGACGUCCUUUUGCUGCUCCGCACCAACUUCGACAAGCCCGAAGUGAUGAAAGAACAGUUCAAGAAGCUGACCAGCGUCGAGAACGUGCUCCAGCGCAUGACGAUCGUCGGCGUGAUUCUGAGCUUCCGCCAGUUGGCGCAGUCGUGCCUCACUGAUGUCCUGGAGCAGAGGAUCCCGUUCCUCCUGAGCUCGAUCCUGGAUUUCCGCCACCAUUUGCCGAGCGGUGACCCGCUGAAGGUCGUGAGUGAGAUGUGCUCAGCGGCGGGGAUUCCCUGCAAGGUGGAUCCGACGCUGGUCAAUGCGCUCAAGUUGCAGAAGCCGGAGGUGGACAGUGACGAGCACUUGAUCACCUGUUUGCUGAUGGUGUUUGUGGCGGUGUCGAUUCCCAAGCUGGCCAAGCAAGAGCAGUCGUUUUAUAGGGCGUCGCUUGAGGGGCAUACGAAUAAUAUUCAUUGUAUGGCCUUGGCGGUUAAUCAUAUCUUCGGGGCGUUGUUCACGAUUUGUAAUCAGGGGGAUAUGGAGGACCGGAUGAAGGAGUUUCUGGCGUUGGCGUCCUCGAGUUUGCUCAGGUUGGGACAGGAGGCUGAUAAGGAGGCCACGAAAAAUAGGGAGAGUGUGUAUUUGUUGUUGGAUCAGAUCGUGCAAGAGUCGCCAUUUUUGACGAUGGAUUUGUUGGAGUCGUGCUUUCCAUAUGCGCUGAUCAGGAAUGCCUAUCACGCGGUGUAUAAGCAGGAGCAGUUGUUGGCGUAAAUUAAGUAUUUAUUUCCCGUACAAAUUUUAUUCAUCAUUUAGUACUAUCAAGUACAACACAAUUGUAUCACAAUUCCUAUUUAAUUAGUUUAAAUACAUUAUGUUAAGUAACGAGCAUUUAUAUCAUGAUAUUGUAGUGUUACAACAUGUAUUGUAAAUUUUUUUAUAUUC